AGACUGCCAGAACAAUGGGAUAUCUCGAAAGUUACGCUGAUCUAUAAGAAGGGGAACAAAAACGAGUGCUCGAACUAUCGUACUAUAUUAGCACAAUGUGCUGCAGCAAAGAUCUUCAGCAUUAUUAUACUCGCAAGGAUCUACCCCGAGAUUGAUAGGAAAAUUGAUAACUCCCAAGUAGCCUUCCGCCGCGGGAGCUCCGGCCUAGAAGUGAUACACGCAGUACAAUUAUUGAUAGACAAGUGCAAUGCAUUUGAAUUACCACUGACAUUGACCAGUACUGAUUUCAGAAAAGCCUUCGAUAAAAUAUCUCGAGAUCACGUAUAUGAAUCUUUGCGGUUGGCUCGGGUACAUCCGAAGUACAUCACGAUUGUAAAAAAUUGUUAUGAAUCGGCAAAAGUCACAAUAAGGUUGCAUAAGAGAGAGCAGACAAUUGAGCUCAAAAGUGGACUGCGACAAG